CCGUCGGUGACGUCACGCGGUGUUUGGCAUUGCCAAGAUGGCGUCGGGCGGUCCCAGCGGCAGUGGCGGAGGCAGCGGUGGCACCUCAAUGGCGCAAAAGACGUGGGAGAUGGCGAACAACAUGCAGGAUUUACAGAACGUGGACGAGAUCUACAAGUACGACAAGAAACAGCAGCAGGAGAUCCUCGCGGCCAAGCCCUGGAGCAAAGACCACCACUACUUCAAGUGCUGCAAGGUGUCGGCUCUGGCGCUGCUCAAGAUGGUGAUGCACGCGCGCUCGGGCGGUAACCUGGAGGUGAUGGGGCUCAUGCUGGGCAAGGUGGACGGAGACACCAUGAUGGUCAUGGACAGUUUCGCGCUGCCCGUGGAGGGCACCGAGACGCGCGUCAACGCGCAGGCAGCCGCCUACGAGUACAUGGCCGCCUACAUCGAGAACGCCAAGCAGGUGGGCAGGCUAGAAAACGCCAUCGGUUGGUACCAUAGUCACCCCGGAUACGGAUGCUGGCUUUCCGGCAUUGAUGUCAGCACGCAGAUGCUGAACCAGCAGUUCCAGGAGCCCUUUGUGGCCGUUGUGAUCGACCCAACGCGCACGAUAUCCGCAGGGAAAGUGAACCUCGGAGCUUUCCGCACCUACCCAAAAGGAUACAAACCACCGGAUGAAGGACCGUCCGAGUACCAGACCAUCCCUCUCAACAAAAUAGAAGACUUUGGAGUGCACUGCAAACAGUACUACGCCCUGGAAGUGACGUAUUUCAAGUCGUCGCUCGACAGGAAGCUGCUGGAGCUCUUGUGGAACAAGUACUGGGUCAACACUCUGAGCUCGUCCAGCCUCCUCACGAACGCCGACUACACGACGGGACAGAUAUUCGACCUCUCUGAGAAGCUGGAGCAGUCCGAAGCGCAGCUGGGCCGGGGCAGCUUCUUGCUGGGCAUCGACGGGCCGGAGCGCAAGCCCGAGGACAAGCUCACCAAGGCGACGCGCGACAGCUGCAAGACGACAAUCGAGGUGAUCCACGGACUGAUGUCUCAAGUAAUCAAAGACAAACUCUUCAAUCAGAUCACGCCCACGAGCUAGACCACCGACCGCCAGCGAAAGCUGGCAAGAUCAAACCAACGCGCGAUUUUUGUUAUUUACUGCGUGGCAUAUGACGUUAGUUAACCCCCCCCCCCCGCCGCCCCCCGUGUCCUCUCAAGCAAUGGGCAAAGGAAAUUGGUAACGGGAACGUUGCAAAUGUUUUUGUUGUUCAUGCAGCAUUUCUGUAAUGUAUUCUACAGCGAAGUGUUUAUCCUGCGAUUAAAUGCUGAUUUGGACAAACUCGAGUAAAAACCGCCUUUCGAGAAACCUGUUUGUUGAUGACUGAAUGCAAUGUAAUACGACGCAAUGCAAUUGUUCAUCGCCGCCUGCGCGUUGUGCUUUUAACAAUGCUGUACAUGAAAACUGCUGGCAAUGCCACGCGAUGGUGUUCGCCAUCGUUAAAGAUGCUGCAUAAGCAGUUUCCAAGUAGAGGAGUAUAAUUGAGGCUGCAUUUAAAAUAUAAAAAAACUGAUUUUAAUGCGCACUUUUUGGCUCGUUUGCAUUACGUUAUAUAUGUUACUUCAGGCGCCCAAAGGGCUUAACCUUAUGCCAUUUGACAUAUUUGGCAGGAAACAGCGGAAGUGAUGUCAUUAUGGAAUGACCUGAAAGAAUCUGUUUUUGGAUCAUACGAAAUUUGGUAUUCCAACGCGAUUUUCA